AUGAAUUUAACAAUCUUAACGGGACGAAUCACAAAAGACUUAGAACUAAAAGAUGCAGGUAAAACACAAGUAACAAACUUUUCAUUAGCGGUAGAUAACCCAUUUAAAAAAGAUGACGUAUCAUUCUUCGAUAUUGUAGCUUUUGGUAAAACAGCAGAACUAUUAAAUAACUAUUGCGGUAAAGGUAGCAAAAUUGGCAUUGAGGGCAAUUUAAAACAAGAUCGUUUCGAGGAUAAAGAAGGUAACAAACGUUCAGUUGUUAGAGUAAUCGCGAAUCGUGUUGAAUUUUUAGAUACAAAAGAACAAUCUCAACAGAACGGACAAACUAAACAGCAAGCGUCUGAGAAUCCUUUUAAUAAUGCUAACGGUGGACCAAUUGAUAUUCAAGAUGACGAUUUACCGUUCUAA